AUGACGCACCCGUACUGGUCGGAGCAGUUAGUAGGUGAGAAGAAUAUGGCUAACAUGCACGGGUCCCGGUGGCCAACCCUCGUACUGGUGGCUGUUUUGGGUGGUGUUGCGUGUGAGACGUUUCGUUUUCCAGAAUUUGUUGCUAUUGAAGAGGGUGUUCAUGGUGCGGCUUGUGGAGGUUGGAUCAUUGAUAAGAUGCUCCGACCACAUGUGCUCACAACGGACGCUUGCGUACGGCGAGGUCAUCGUAGUUUGCGGCAAAUUCUGGUACGCUAUGGCAGUUCUGAGGUGACGGGACGCACAUCCAGUCUUGCUGUCGAUCGGAUGCUGGCACAGCAGCCAGGACAGGAGCAGCUAGUUGUGCUCAGCACGUUCGGUAGAGUGCGUAGAAACCCCACAUCACAAGCUCCAGAUGAGCAGGCGCAACGACACAAUGGUACAUCAUUGCUUUGCUGGCACCGAGCGGAGCCGGGAGGAACUCUGCACAAAACGUUACUUCUGGUAGAACCCGGACAGCACCAUUCUGUGAAAGAAUUGAUCAACACAUUACACUGCGGUGGUCUCGGCGUGUACAAUCUGGAAGGAGCGAUGGUGCUAGAAAACCUAACCCCCUACGCUAUGCUAACUCUGCAGCCGGAUGCGUACGCCCCCUGUGGCACCUCGGUUACCAUGCUAGAAUUGCGUAACGUUACCAGCCCGAGAAAUCUGGCAACAAUGAUUGAUUCCCAGUUGGCAGAGCCCGCACCCGAUAGUAGUUUUACCUUUACGGAACCGAACUCCGCGUUCGGAUACAUCGUGUACGUUAUCUUUAUGGGCUACUGUAUACUGUACACCUUGCUGUACUUUAUCUUUGGCCUAAUGCGAACACACCCAAGCACUGAUCUGUGA